UUGGCUACAAGGGCAAAGAACAUCUGGCAACGCUGAACUGAAGUCCAACGACUAUGAUGAGAUAAGACAAGGCAAGACAAGUCCAACGAUUACGAUAAAACAAUGUUUAUAUGUAUCUUUCGCCGUAUUAGGUCUUUUGAUUAGAUAUACCUAUUUUUAGAAUGUCAUGUUGAGAUCUUCGGUUCCAUCAGGUAAAAUCAGCAAAGUAAUUGUAUGUGGUUAUCAGUCUACUGGCAAAACAUCCAUUUUAGAACAAUUAAUAUAUGGAAGAAUAAAUCAGAAUAUUCACUCAACAAUUGAAGAUGUAUAUUGUGCACAUAUUGACAAUGAUAGAGGGGGUAAAGAAAAAGUUCGUUUUUAUGACACAGCUGGAAUGAAUUCUACAUUCCAUGAAGUACCUAGAGCAUAUUUGCCUUAUGCUGAUGGUUUUAUUUUAGUUUAUGCUAUUAAUAGCAUGGAAUCUUUCACUCUUCUGGAACAAAUAAAACGAGACAUUGAUAAAAACAGAGAAAAGAAAGAAAUUAGCAUUGUUGUCUUGGGAAAUAAAAUUGAUUUACAAAGUGAAAGACAAGUAGACCAAAAUAUUGCUGUUACUUGGGCACAAAAAGAAAAAGUGAAAUUAUUUGAAGUUACAGCAAAAGAUAGAAAAACUUUAAUUGAACCAUUCAUUUAUAUUACAUCAAAAUUGAAUCCUCCUCCAAGCAAAUCAACAUUCCCUCAAUUAAGCAGGAAAAAUAAACCAGGAAAUAUCACACUAGAAUUAUAGAUUACACAAUGAAUUAUAUUGAAGAAAAGUAUUUUGUACAAAAAAUUUUACUUUGAUUAAUGUAUAUCAUAUACCCAUAUAAACUUUUUAAA